AUGGCUGCAUUUCGGCUCUUGGCGCCACUUCUGCUCGCACUGGCCCUUGCGAGUCCGGAUGCGACGUGCUUGUCUUCCAUCAAGGUCGUCGAUGACUUCCUUUCCGAUGCUGAAGCACAGGCUGUGAUCAGAGACCUCGAGGCGCAGAGGAGCGGGUCGGAGCGCGUGCGCCAGGAGGCGCCCAUGCUCGCAGAACGCCUCAAGUCGGAGCUGAGGUCGAAAGAGCAGGAGGAACAGCUCUCCAGCGCUGUGGAGGUGCUGGAGCCCGUUGGGAGUGAAAAGCUCAUCCAUGAAGUCUCAGGCCAUGCAACCCUAGAGAGGCGUCUUCGGGAAACCAUGACUGGCAAGGAGGCAGCACAGCUGGAGGCCUCCAAGUCUUCCGUGCCAGUCUCUCGCAAGAGCGGCGAUGUGCAAGAGCAUGCGGAUCACGUGACGCACUGGGUGAACGGUAAGGUUCCGGGAACAGCCGCAGUCGCGUACCUGGAGUCUGCCCCGGAUGGCGGCAGCCUAGGCAAGCUCAUCUUCAAGGACAUCGCUGACGACCAGAAGGUUGUCAAGGAGGUGGAGGCGAUCGCCAAGCGCUUCAUUUCCUGGGACAACAGCAAGUGUUUACACAGCUUCAAAGCCCGCUACCAAGGCACACGACGUUUGCUCGGUCCCCUUGCUUUGACUUCGUACGGAGACAUGGUGAAGGUGGGGCCUAUCACCCAGCCAACCACCACGACCACGGAAGAACCGGAAGAAACGACCGAGGCGCCGAAGGGUUACUACCGCAAGAAGUUGUCCCCCUGGUGGUGGAAGAAGGGCUACAGUGGCUACAGGCAGCAAACCGCCCUUGUUCAGGACGGCUCGUCGGACACUGUACAUUUCAUGCAGAUGGACAAAAACGGCAGCCACCAGGAGCUGUGA